GGAGCUGCUCAUGCCUUGGGUUCCUUUCAGUGCCCUCCUAAGAAAAGCUAGGUGGUCUGCUCUUCCCCCGGCUGUCUCUGGAGCAUAGCUCUCCCUACAGCCGCCAGCAGUAGGUGCACCAUCAAAGACGGCACAUCAGAUGCAUGGAGAACACCCAUGGGUUGUACAAGCAAAUGCUGACCUCUCCUGAAACAGGGACAGCCCAACACACAGGGAGCGAACCACAGCCCCCGUCUCCCAGCCAGUGGGGAAACCACUGGGAAAGCACAGCGCUGACCUCAGGUAGUUCCACCGUGCUGCUUCAAAGAGUGCCAAGUGGGUGAAGCGAGCAAGAGAGCAGGAGGAUGGCAGAAAUGGAGCUGACGAAGACGUGCCUGCUCAUGAAUGGCAGCUGUGUGGGAAGUCAGGAAAGCAAAGCCGACAGCACAUGGAUUCUUCCCAACUUGCCCAGUAAAUGCACAUGGACAGCUGCAAUGCCUGCCACCAGGUCUCCACACUCCUGUAUGCCCUUGCCAGAAGAAACAAAGAUCUUGCCCAACAUCCUGAAGAAAAUUGGCUGCACCCCAAUGGUCCGAGUCAACAAGAUUGGGAAGUCCUAUGGGCUCAAGUGUGAGCUCUUGGCAAAAUGUGAGUACUUCAAUGCAGGGGGCAGUGUGAAGGACCGCAUCAGUCUGAGGAUGGUGGAAGAUGCAGAGAGAGCUGGGAUUAUAAAACCAGGAGAUACGCUGAUAGAACCUACUUCAGGAAACACAGGAAUCGGGCUGGCACUGGUAGCUGCAGUGAAAGGUUACCGUUGCAUCAUUGUCUUGCCGGAGAAAAUGAGCAUGGAAAAGGUUGAUAUUCUGAAGGCGCUGGGUGUUGAAAUUGUGAGGACCCCGUGCACCCGCUUUGAUGCCCCAGAGUCUAACAUUCGUGUUGCCUGGAAGCUGAAAAGUGAAAUCCCAAACUCUCACAUCCUGGACCAGUACCGAAAUCCAAGCAACCCCCUGGCUCAUUACGACACCACAGCUGAGGAGAUCCUGGAGCAGUGUGAAGGCAAGGUCCACAUGGUGGUGAUUGGUUCUGGGACAGGAGGCACUGUCACUGGCAUCGCCAGGAAGCUGAAGGAGAAGUGCCCAGAAUGCAAGAUCAUUGGUGUAGAUCCCGACGGCUCCAUCGUUGCUUUGCCCAGUGAGAUGAACCGGACGAACACCACAACCAUCGAAGUGGAGGGCAUUGGGCAUGACUUUAUCCCUACUGUCCUUGACAGAUCAGUGGUCGAUCAGUGGUAUAAAUGCAACGACAGAGACUCGUUCCUCAUGUCUCGCAGGCUUAUUAGAGAGGAAGGAUUAUUGUGUGGUGGCAGCUCAGGCAGUGCCAUGUCUGUUGCCGUGCGGGCUGCCAAGGACCUGAAGGAAGGUCAGCGCUGCAUUGUCAUCCUGCCCGACUCCGUCAGGAACUACAUGUCCAAAUUUUUGAAUGAUAAGUGGAUGAUAAAAAAUGGUUUCCUAAAUGACGUCCAGGAGCACAAGCCUUGGUGGUGGAACAUCAAGGUGCAGAAACUGAAUCUCUCAGCCCCUCUCAUUCUCCUCCCAGAAGUCAGCUGUCAAAAAGCAAUUGAGAUCCUCCAAGAGAAGGGAUACGACCAAGCUCCUGUUGUUGCUGAAUCAGGACUUAUUUUGGGAGUGGUGACCCUCAGCAACACCCUCACCUCAGUGCUGGCUGGAAACGCACAGUUCUCAGACGCCGUUACGAAGGUCAUCUAUGACCAGUUCUCAAAGAUUGGCUUGGAGGACAGCCUCGGGAAGCUUUCCUGCAUCCUGGAGAACGACCAUUUUGCUAUCGUUGUACACGAACAAAUGCAGUUCAAUGGAAAUGGCAGUUCCUUCAUGAAGCAGAUGGUGUUUGGUGUGGUCACAGCGAUGGACCUCCUCACCUUUGUCAGCAGAAAUGACAAGAAGUAGCACAGCAGCUUGGCUGCACCCACCUCCGCUCCUCCGGCGGGGCCAGCUGCUUCCCCCGAGCCUGAGCCACCCACCCGAGGGUGCUUUCUGGUCUAAUCCAGCUGAUAGUUUCUCAAAAUGACUAGGUGAAAAUUGUAAUGUAAUAACCAUUUGUCCGCUAAAUGCCAUCCAGAAUAUCACUAAAGAGAAGAUAACUAAAGAAAUUGUGUUUAAUAAGCCACGUGCAGUUACACGGAGCUUCCCGGGGCUGGAGAGGUAACGUGGCGGGUAGGGAUGGGAAGGGGAUGGUUGUUACUGCCCAGAUUUUAGCAGGUGGGGGUUUGGUGUGUUUGAUAGCAGUAGGUACCUUUGCGCUGCCGGUGUCACAGGUGCCAUGAGUCGCCCUGGUCCCACUGGGGCUGGAGCCUGUCUCCACCAUCAGAAGGUCCAGCCUUCCCGAGGGCUGGGGGCAAGCCACGUCACAGCUGCACCCUCCUGCUCCUCUCCACCUCUUGGAGGGAGGGCUGCCGGCACCCCCCAGGAGACCCUUCUCACCCCUGGCUCCGUUUGGGUGCCAAGGAGGCAGCUUCUUCCUCCCCUCCCCAGGGGCGAAUGGGAGAGGCAGGGCCUCAGGGGAGUGAUGAGGAGGGGAUUGGGUGGGCCAUGGCACCUGGUAUGCAAAAGGUGGGGAGCUGGGCAGGUAUGGGCAGGAGGGAUGGGAAGGGACGUCUGGGGGCUGUGGUGGGCACGUGGGGUGAGGUGCUGGGCUGGUGGGGAAUGAUCGCUCCUGUAGCAGCAACUGGCCUUUGGAAAGCACUUUCCUCACAUCUGGGGGAGCUGGUGGCACCGGAUGUCUUGCACACAGUCCCACAGGAGGGGGAAGUGAACCGAACUCAUGCAAGAAGUAAAGACUCAUACUACUCACUCUAUAGUAAUGGGGAGAGGGGAUACGGCUGCAUCCCCCUGGUCUGUAAAGGUCAUCUCAUGAAUAUGCAACCUGAGAGCUUGUUAUCGAGGGGUAGAGGCGAAGGAGAGGCUGAUCUUGAUUUUGCUGUCAGAGCAUUAUGAUCCAGGAAUUGAUAAUGAAGGCCAGAAGAGCCACAUGCCGUGGAUGCAAACAAAACAUAAAUGAAAGCAAAUGUGAAAGGAGGGCUGUGGGACCUAACUGAAGUGCCAUUGAAAGCUGGUUUGGGGGAGGUGCUCCCAAAACACAAAUGAGCUUUGCAGUCUUUUCAUACGUCUUGGGAGCUGCUCCAAGGAGACAAUAACCAAUUCUGAUUUUGGCUAGCCCAUACUUUCAAUCUAAUCUAGCUUGUAUGAGACUUUUAUUAAAUUAUCGAAUGCUGAAGUAUUUCUGUUUAGGAAGAGUGUCUCUGUCUCUUGUUUCCUAAGUGACACAAGCUAUAUCAGAUCUUCUGUGAGUUUUUGCUUGAGUAAUAACCAUAUUUGUCCAGAAAAGAUAAAAACUGAUUAG